GUUAUUGUACACAUCUGAGUUGAAACCGAAGUGGGUUUCAUAAUUUGUGGGGAUAUUAUACAACAAGUAUGGGAAGGUAUGUAAAGAAGGGGUACAAAAAGCAAAAAAAUGUAAAGAAGAGAGAAUCGAAGGGUGAAGGCUUAAUUGACUUGGUCUUCUCUUGGUCUCUUGCCGAUGUGCUCAACAAAGAUCUUUACAAGGCCAAGGUUAAGCCAAUUCCAGAGAUCUUUUCAUCAACCAAUGAUUAUAUGGACUCAUUUAUCAACCCCCUCAUUGAAGAAACACACAAAGGUUUGUUCUCAAGCAUACAGACAGUGCAUCGCGCUCCUACACGUGAGAUAUGGUCCGUUGACAUGUCCAGACCUCCCAGGUACUUGUACUACAACAUUUCAUUCAAUAGAAGGAGGGACGCUGCAAGUUAUGAGCCCAAGUUUGGAGAUCUUAUUGCCUUGACAGAUGUCAGACCAAAAUGUAUGGAGGAUCUACACAGGCCUGGAUGUCCUUAUCUUAUUGGUUUUGUUCAUACAGCGGGCGAAAGUGGUUCUGAAAAAAUGGAUAUACGGGCUUCAAAGUUCAUCGUGCCGGGUGAAUAUGGAUAUCGACUAAAGUAUAGGAAGCGGCGAAGUCUUUUUGUUGUUUACCUUACAAGCAUGGUAACUAAUUUGAGAAUGUGGAUGGCAUUGAGGUCAGAGCUGGAGGAGAGGAACAUGAACGUCAUUAGUAGAGUGCUGCAACCCGAUUCCACUAUUGAGGAAAGUUGUAGCAAGUGCUUGUCUGAAGAGAGUAACCAAGCUGUCAAAUCCAUUAUGGAAAAUGCUAUCAGCUCCUUUAAAUUGGACACUUCCCAAUGGGAUGCUGUGUCAAGUUGUGUUGCCACAGGACAAUGUCAACAUCAAAACACUGUCAAACUUAUAUGGGGACCUCCCGGAACUGGGAAAACAAUGACGGUGGCUUCGUUACUGUUUGUUCUGUUGAGGAUAAAAUGCAGAACACUGACAUGUGCCCCAACCAACAUAGCAGUGUUAGGAGUUACUUCGCGGCUUAUGAGUUUGGUGAAUCCUGCACUGGAGUAUGAUACUUAUGGAUUGGGAGACAUAGUUUUAUUCGGCAAUGAAAAAAGAAUGGAGAUUGAUGAUCAUGAAGACCUUUUCGAUGUAUUUCUUGAUUACCGGGUUAAUGCGCUCUCCAGUUGUCUUGCUUCAUCGACUGGGUGGAAGCAUAAUGUUGAAUCGAUGAUACGUUUACUCGAAGACCCUGAAGAGAUGUACCGUUUGUAUUUGGAAGAAAGAAAAAAGGAGAAAAAUAAGGCUGAUGACGAGGGAGAAAAGGAGGAGGAUAAAAGUUUUGGAAAUUGGAUGAUUAUUAGCAAUGAAGACAAAGACGAAGCCAUUCAUCAAGAUUCAAAUGACGUGGAUGGAAAGAGAAUUUGGUGGAGGAAAAUUGUUCAGACCUGGAAGGAAAACAAGAAAUCAGAAAAGAAGAAGAAGGAGGAGGAGCGAAAGAGAAUUUGGAGGAGGAAAAUUGUUGGGCAGACCUGGAAGGAAAACAAGAAAUCAGAAAAGGAGGAGGAGGAGGAGCGUUCAAAGAGAAAAAGGAUAUUGGAGUGUGAUAAAAGAGAGGAAAAGGACGACUCAACUCGAAGUAACAAAGUGUAG